CACUCACAAACUCAGCCCCGUUUCCACCAACGUCACUGCAGCCCUAACCUCACGGCCCAACCCAACCCAGAGGCUCCUAACACCUUUCUCUGCCUGGCCCAAAAGGCCUGGACUGGCCUUUGGAACCAAGCUGGGGCUUUCUCAGUCAAGUGGAAAACAGCUCAUUGUGGCCCUGGGGAGCACAGGAUCUGUUUUGCAACCUCCUGCUGUCCAGGCUGCCCACCAGAGAAGCCCCCAAAAGGGUCUGGGGAAGACAAAACCUUCCGGUUCUGGGUGGUGGUUGUUAUUUUAGUGUAAACUAUCGUGAAAUCAGAAAGUCGUGAUGCUAGCACUUUACUACUAGAAACCAGAUCAAGAAAAUUUCUACGCAGUCGUUAAGAGUUGAAGGUUUGAGUACAGAAGGCUGGGACUGAGUCCUGGUUCUGCUGCCUUCCAGCUGUGUGAGAUUAAGCAAGUCACUUAGCCUCGCUGAGUCUCGGUUUUCUCAUGGAAAUGGAAAGAACAAUGGUAUCUACCAAAAAAGACACUGGGAGAAUUCAGUGAAGCAGAAAACCCUUGCAAAACGUUGAGUGCAGGCCAAGGGACACAACAGGCACUCAGGAAGUGGACGUUAGGGACAGCAGUAGGUUUCGUAGGCUCUGCUCACAAAAACGAACCCCCGGUGUGCAAGGACCAUGAGGCCGCUGUGCGUGACGUGCUGGUGGCUGGGACUGCUGGCUGCCCUGGGAGCGGCGGCGAGCCAGAAGGAUGGCUUGGAGGGCACCGAGGAGGGCUCACCCGGCGAGUUCGUCUACCUGAACAGGUACAAGCGGGCCGGCGAGUCCCCGGACAAGUGCACCUACACCUUCAUCGUGCCCCAGCAGCGGGUCACGGGCGCCAUCUGCGUCAACUCCAAGGAGCCCGAGGUGCUCCUGGAGAACAGGGUGCACAAGCAGGAGCUGGAGCUGCUCAACAACGAGCUGCUCAAGCAGAAGCGGCAGAUCGAGACGCUGCAGCAGCUGGUGGAGGUGGACGGCGGCAUCGUGAGCGAGGUGAAGCUGCUGCGCAAGGAGAGCCGCAACAUGAACUCGCGGGUCACCCAGCUCUACAUGCAGCUCCUGCACGAGAUCAUCCGCAAGCGGGACAACGCGCUCGAGCUCUCGCAGCUGGAGAACCGCAUCCUCAACCAGACGGCUGACAUGCUGCAGCUGGCCAGCAAGUACAAGGACCUGGAGCACAAGUACCAGCAUCUGGCCACGCUGGCCCACAACCAGUCUGAGAUCAUCGCCCAGCUGGAGGAGCACUGCCAGCGGGUGCCCGCCGCCCGGCCCGUGCCGCAGCCGCCCCCCGCCGCCCCGCCCCGCGUCUACCAGCCGCCCCCCUACAACCGCAUCAUCAACCAGAUCUCCACCAACGAGAUCCAGAGCGACCAGAACCUGAAGGUGCUGCCGCCCCCUCUGCCCACCAUGCCUACCCUCACCAGCCUCCCGUCCUCCACAGACAAGCCGUCGGGCCCAUGGAGAGACUGCCUGCAGGCCCUGGAGGACGGCCAUGACACCAGCUCCAUCUAUCUGGUGAAGCCAGAGAAUACCAACCGCCUCAUGCAGGUGUGGUGCGACCAGAGACACGACCCUGGGGGCUGGACGGUCAUCCAGAGGCGCCUGGACGGCUCGGUCAACUUCUUCCGGAACUGGGAGACGUACAAGCAAGGGUUUGGGAACAUUGACGGCGAGUACUGGCUGGGCCUGGAGAACAUUUACUGGCUGACGAACCAAGGCAACUACAAGCUGCUGGUGACCAUGGAGGACUGGUCUGGCCGCAAGGUCUUUGCAGAGUACGCCAGCUUCCGCCUGGAGCCUGAGAGCGAGUAUUACAAGCUGCGGCUGGGGCGCUACCAUGGCAACGCUGGCGACUCCUUCACCUGGCACAACGGCAAGCAGUUCACCACCCUGGACAGAGACCACGACGUCUACACAGGCAACUGUGCCCACUACCAGAAGGGCGGCUGGUGGUAUAACGCCUGUGCCCACUCCAACCUCAAUGGGGUCUGGUACCGCGGGGGCCACUACCGGAGCCGCUACCAGGACGGGGUCUACUGGGCUGAGUUCCGCGGAGGCUCCUACUCACUCAAGAAGGUGGUGAUGAUGAUCCGGCCCAACCCCAACACCUUCCACUAGGCUGGCCCCCCUCAGGGCCGUGAGGACCGGGACGCUGGACUCUGACUCCCUGAGUCACCGCGGCAGAUAAAUGCGACCGAUCUCUGUCCCUACUACUCCUCUCCACCUCGGACAGCCCUCCGUGUUUCCAGACAGGACAGGACUGCACAUAAGUCUUUCCUUAAGUAAAUUAAGUCCUUACAAUAAAAACACACCUGCCAAGUACCUUCGUAAUAUACACGUGUGUGAGCCGACCUCGUGCACCUGUGUGUAUGCCAUGUAUAUAUGCGUUUAGAUAUAUACCUGUGCCGUAUAUCUAGAUACAUAUAUAUAGGUUUGCCAUAUAUACCGAAACACAGGUAUAUUCAACUCUCAGAUGUUGAGGGCUAUUCGCGACAGCUCUGCUCUUAGGAGAAGAGCACUUCAUUCGUGUUGUGUUACUUGAGUCUGAGGGCACAUCACAGACUGUGUGGCUCCAGUUCAAACAGCAGUCCUUGGUGUGCACGUGCCUGGCUUCUUCUAGGACCGUCCACAGUGCUAUCCUCUCACACUGGGCUUCCCAACUUCCUCGCUUAGGAUUCUCUUUGGCACCUAACCCAGUUUCAAAAUACCCUCCCCUCUCUAUUUCUAGCCUUCUCCUUGUUCUCAGGACAAUUCACCACCUCCCCACCCAGCCAGCCACCCACCCACCUGCACAUUCACUCCACACCAGUCACAAAGUGCCUUCUGCACUCCAGUCCCAGCCCCUCGAGUUCCAGGCACCUUUCCUGUUCUUUUCUCCUCGCCGACUUACUCCUCACCUUUUCUGUCCUCCUGUGCUUUCUUCCCGGGCAAGAUUCCCUAGCUUCUCAGUAGGAAACAGUCUGGACUCCAUGUGGUCAGGAAAGGGAAAGUCAGACCCCAAAUCUCGCUCCCGGCUACACGGACAAUGGUUAAUUUCAGUCUCGUACUUUCCAGUCACACGUUAGCCUACCUGUCAUUUUAACCUCUGCAGAAGUAAUAGCCUACCUUGCCAGAAGAUAUUCAACUGAAGAGAAAGCAUCAUCCAACUGUUGGGGGCCCCAAAUGGCUACAGACCAAAGGUGUCAUGCUCUCAGGCCGACUGGCAUCCACAUCUCGUCUCCAGACUACACUCCCCUAGAGACAAGGCGCCUCAAAAACGAGAACUGGCCACUUGCUGUGAGUUACUGAAUAACCAGGGGCCACGGAGCCCUCGGUCAGCGUGUUGCUGGCCCUCAAGCAUCAGGCUCAGUACUUCUUGGACUCUUGCCAAGCAGGGAGCGAGGGACGAACAAGAAGGUGAGACCCUCCUGGAGGGCGCAUGGGUCAGGGAGGGCAGGUGAGACGGUGGAACGUUUGGUACUGUUUGCAUCCGGCUGUGUGCCUAUUACCUCAGCAGUCUCACAAGUGUACCAUGUAGCACGUUUUGUGUAUAUAAAAGGGAGGGUUUUUUUUUUAAUAUAUUCUCAGAUUAUCCUUGUAAUAACACAUCUGCAAUAAAAGCCAUCUGUGCUAUCUGGAUGUA